UUCCGCUCUUUCUCGGCCGCCAUCUUGGCCCGGGCAGGCUCUGGGCAGCGGGACCCGGCUGUAUUGUCUGAGGGGCCCGGGCGCUGCCCCCGCCCGCGCCCCCGCCCCGGGCACCCGGCCCAGUGACCGCCGCCCCCGCCCCCGGGGCCGCUCCGCACCGCCCGCCCCGCACACUGCACCCCCACCCCCGUCAUUUCCCCCUUUGUCUCCCCCGCGCCGCCGGCGGCUCCGCUCCGCCCGCCCGCCCCGGGACCGGGCGGCGCCGGGGAGGGUCCGGCGCCCCCCCCCCGCCCCAGCCCGCCCUCGCAGCGAGGAGAGCCCGGUCAGGUGUGAGGGAACGGAGGCAGAGGAUUCCCGCCUGUCAGGGUAGCAUGGACAGACCUUAGCUGGCUGCUGUGCAGCUCAGCCCCCUGUGCCCCAGCACUGCUCCCUCCUGCAGGGUCUCCUGCUCGGGAAAACUUUCACUUCAGGACUCUGCAAACUCACAAUCACAACUUGUCAUCCAUCUAGCCCUUUGCCUGUGGAAGGUUCCUGAGGCAGCUGGAAGACAGCAGUAGCUGAGGUGGCCUAACGCUGGGAUGUAGGCAGGGACUGGAGCCCUGGAGCUGUGCUUAGACAGGAGGGGAGAGAGCAGGAUAUGAGCCUUCCUGUGUGCCCUGGGCUCCCCCAGGGGCUGUGACAGAGCCCUGAGGGGGUGUUCUGCAAGGAGAAUUGCCUGUGGAGGAUUGUGCUUGAAACUUGUCCAAUGAGUCUGAGACGGCCAAGCACCAUUCAUUUUGGAGGAAAAAGAUGGAGUAUUGCAUGCUGGGAACAAGUGCUUUCCAUAAGGUCCAGCAGCAGCUCAUGAUGCCCCGUAAAGCUUUUCUUUCCCAGAAAGAAAAGCAGGCUCGUGCCAGGGAAAGGGAUAUGUUAAAAAAGAGGAGGAGGCGACAAGACUAUCUCAAAAGAAGCGUGGAGCCACAGAAAAAUACAGAAACAAUCAAAUGGCACAGGGAUGAUGAGAAGAGGAGAGAAAAUGAGCAAGUUAAGGACAAGGAUAUCAAGAAGCGGUGGAGACAGGAUGAGAGAGAGCGACGGAGGAGUGUGGACGCUAUGAACUGGCACAGGGAAGAGGAGAAGAGGGAAAAUGAGCGAGAAACUAUGUUCCAACUUCCUGUCAACAACCUUGGCAGUUUAAGAAAGGCCCGGAAAACUGUGAAAAAAAUACUUAGUGACAUUGGUUUGGAAUACUGUAAAGAACAUAUAGAAGAUUUUAAGCAGUUUGAACCUAAUGACUUUUAUUUGAAAAACACUACAUGGGAGGAUGUGGGACUGUGGGACCCAUCGCUUACAAAAAACCAGGACUAUCGGACAAAGCCCUUCUGCUGCAGUGCGUGUCCCUUCUCCUCGAAGUUCUUUUCAGCCUACAAAAGCCACUUCCGGAAUGUUCACAGCGAAGACUUUGAGAACAGGAUCCUGCUCAACUGCCCCUACUGUACCUUCAACGCCGACAAAAAGACUUUGGAAACGCACAUUAAAAUAUUCCAUGCUCCCAAUGCCAGUACACCCAGUGGAGGCAUCAGCACUUUCAAAGAUAAAAACAAACACGAGAGCCUUAAACCCAAGCAGGCUGACAGUGUGGAACAAGCUGUUUAUUACUGUAAGAAGUGCACUUACCGCGACCCGCUCUACGAAAUCGUUCGAAAGCACAUUUACAGGGAACAUUUUCAGCACGUUGCUGCUCCUUACGUAGCCAAGGGAGGCGAAAAGUCCCUCAAUGGUGCAGUUCCAUUGAGCUCCAGUGCCCGAGAGGAGGGGGGUAUCCACUGCAAACGAUGCCUUUUCAUGCCGAAAUCCUACGAAGCUUUAGUGCAGCACGUGAUCGAAGACCAUGAGCGGAUCGGAUACCAGGUCACGGCCAUGAUCGGUCACACCAACGUCGUGGUGCCCAGGUCGAAACCUUUGAUGCUCAUAGCUCCCAAGCCCCAGGAUAAAAAGCCCAUGGGACUCCCUCAGAGGAUGGGUGCCCUCUCCGCCGGCAGCGUCCGCUCGCUCUCGUCCCAGCAGAUGAUGAACAGACUCACGAUACCAAAGCCCACGUUAAACUCUGCAGGAGUCAAUAUGAUGUCAAACGUUCACCUACAGCAGAACAAUUACGGGGUUAAAUCGGUGCCCCCCAGUUACGUUGGUCAGCCAGGGGGGAGGCUCAGCCUCAGUGGCAAUGCACCUGUUUCUCUUUCCCAACAAUCACAGAGCAUGAAACAGUUUUCAGCAAGCGGCAAUGGCAGGCCUUACACUCUGGGAGGGGAGCAGAGGUCCCAGGCCUCAGGCAGGUACUCUCUGCAGUCUGCCAACUCCUCGCUGUCGGCGGCGCAGCUCAAGCAGACGUCGCUGUCGCAGUCCCAAGCAGCGUCCAGAGCUCUGGGUCAGUCUGGCUCCAAAUCCCCCGUGGCUGCUACAGGGCCUUCUGCUGUCAACACCUCGUCCACGCAGAAGUGGAAAAUCUGUACAAUCUGCAAUGAGCUGUUCCCCGAAAACGUGUACAGCGUUCACUUUGAGAAGGAGCACAAGGCCGAGAAGGUGCCCGCGGUGGCCAACUACAUCAUGAAAAUCCACAACUUCACGAGCAAAUGUCUCUACUGUAACCGCUACCUGCCCACGGACACGCUGCUCAAUCACAUGCUGAUCCACGGGCUCUCCUGCCCCUACUGCCGCUCCACCUUCAACGAUGUGGAGAAGAUGGCUGCCCACAUGCGCAUGGUGCACGUGGACGAGGAGAUGGGACCUAAGACUGACUCCACGCUGACCUUUGAUUUGACAUUGCAGCAGGGCAGCCACACCAACAUCCACCUCCUCGUCACCACCUACAACCUGCGGGAUGCUCCUGCCGAGUCCGUCGCUUACCACGCUCAGAACACGCCCCCGGUCCCACCCAAACCGCAGCCCAAAAUCCAGGAGAAAUCGGAUGUACCCGUCAAAAGCUCUCCACAGGCAGCAGUGCCCUACAAAAAAGAUGUGGGGAAAACUCUGUGUCCUCUGUGCUUUUCAAUCCUGAAAGGGCCCAUCUCUGACGCGCUGGCGCAUCACCUCCGGGAGAGGCACCAGGUGAUUCAGACGGUUCACCCCGUGGAGAAGAAGCUGACCUACAAGUGCAUCCACUGCCUGGGCGUGUACACCAGCAACAUGACGGCCUCCACCAUCACACUGCACCUGGUGCACUGCAGGGGCGUGGGCAAGACCCAGAACGGGCAGGACAAAGGGACGUCGUCCCGGCUGGGCCAGUCCCCGGCGGCCGCGCCCGUCAAACGCGCCUACGAGCACAUGGACUUCCCCCUGAUGAAGAAGAGGAAGAUCGACGACGAUGACUCCCCCUCUGCCUUUGAGGAGAAGCCCGAAGAACCUGUAGUUCUAGCACUGGACCCCAAGGGUCACGAAGAUGAUUCGUACGAAGCCAGGAAAACAUUUCUUACAAAGUAUUUCAAUAAGCAGCCCUACCCCACUCGGAGGGAGAUCGAAAAGCUGGCAGCCAGUUUGUGGCUCUGGAAAUCUGAUAUCGCAUCUCACUUCAGCAACAAAAGGAAGAAGUGUGUUAGGGAUUGUGAGAAAUACAAACCCGGGGUGCUGCUGGGCUUCAACAUGAAGGAGCUGAACAAAGUCAAACACGAGAUGGAUUUUGAUGCUGAAUGGUUGUUUGAAAACCACGACGAGAAGAAUUCCAGAGUCAAUGUCAGUAAGACUGUUGAUAAAAAGAUCAACUUAGAAAAAGACAAUGACAGUUCCUCAGACAGCUACGAAAACCUGGAGGAGGAAUACACCGAGAGCCGCAGUCCCUUUGGCCAGCACGUCUCUGACAUGGGUGGGAAAGCCUCGUCCAACAGCUCCGUGCAGAACCCCCAGGACAGCAUAGCCAAGGAAAUCAUGGAGGAGAACACCUUACAGGCUCCAGAGAAGGCUGAGCAAAAGCCAGAGGAAAGCUCUAAAUAUGAAGAGAUGAUUGCUGCUGAAGAGCCAGGAAAACUGGUAGGUGACGUUUCAGAUAGUGAAGGGGAUCAGGAUGAGCAGGAUGAUGCAGUGGAAUGGAAGGAUGGAGCUUCCCAGUCUGAGAGCGGGCCUGGCUCCCAGCAGGUGUCGGAUUUUGAAGAUAACGCAUUGGAGGUAAAACCAGAAGUGUGGACAGAUGAAUCUUCCCAAAGCGAAGAUGCUGGGAGCAGUAAACCCACUGUGGAGGCCAAGGGGGGUGGAUCUGAAAGUGAUGAAGAGCAGUCAAAGUGGAAGAAUCGUUCCUAUGGAAAAGUAGAAGGGUUUUGGUCCAAGGACCAGUCGCAAUGGAAGAACAGCUCCGAGCUGGAGGAGAGCCUGGCCAGCGAGCAGAUGGAGUGGCAGAGCAGCACAAUGGACAGCGAGGACGGCGACGGCUUCGGGGCCGUGGGGGCAGAGCCCAUGCACGGCAGCCUGCCCGGGGUGGAGCUCAGCAGCCAGCAGGCGUGAGCAGGGGGCACUGCCCCAGGGGGCACUGCCCUGAGGGUGGCACUGCCCCAGGGGUGGCACUGCUCCAGGGGGGCACUGCCCUGAGGAUGGCACUGCCCCGAGGGUGGCACUGCCCUAGGGGUGGCACUGCCCCAAGGGUGGCACUGCCCCAGGGUGGCACUGCCCUGAGGAUGGCACUGCCCCAGGGAGACACUACCCCAGGGGUAGCACUGCCCUAAGGGUGGCACUGCCCCAGGGGUAGCACUGCCCCAGGGGUGGCACUGCCCAGGGUGGCACUGCCCAGGGUGGCACUGCCCUAGGGGUGGCACUGCCCCAGGGGUAGCACUGCCCUGAGGAUGGCACUGCCCUGAGGAUGGCACUGCCCCAGGGAGACACCACCCCAGGGGUAGCACUGCCCAGGGUGGCACUGCCCUAAGGGUGGCACUGCCCUGAGGGUGGCACUACCCCAGGGAGACACCACCCCAGGGGUAGCACUGCUCAGGGGUAGCACUGCCCAGGGUGGCACUGCCCUGAGGGUGGCACCGCCCCAUGGUGGCACUGCCCCACGGUGGCACUGCCCCCUGCCAGCUGCCUCCUGGGAUCCCCUGCAGUUGAGGGCUGGCAGUGCUGCUGCCUGGGCACAGUUCCUGAAUGUGAAAUGGCUGCACUGCUGCUCCAGGCUGCACAGGAGAGCAGCAGAGAUUCCUGGAUCUGCAUUUCCACCCUCCCACCUGCCCAUGUUGAGUUGUGUCUCUCCAGGCCCCUCUCCCUGUAUAGCAGACUCUGGGGACACGAGUUUUCAUGUAUCAUUCUGAAUAGUUGAAAUGUAUAUUUGUACAGUCUUUUAGACCUAUUCAAGUGAAGCUUAUGGAACUGUUCUUGUGUACCCAUCAUAGAUCUGUUUCUCUUUUUUAGUGUUGCCCUGCUGUGUAAUAAAUGCUGUAUCUAGUUUCCCUAGCAAAGCUUGAGACUGCUCUAGUAUCAAUUUUGACAGACUUAGUUUUUGCACAUAACCUUGUACAAUCUCCAACCAGAGGCCAGCAACAUAAAAAUAUAUCUGGACUCUGUUGUAUUAUAGAAUUUUCUUGUUCUGAAUAUCCUUGACAUGACAACUGAUGAAAAACAUAUUUCAGAGCCAUUUUCUGAAAUCUUUUAAGCUAAAAAAGAAAAAUCACAUGCAAGAAACAAGUUUGCAGCUACUAAUUUUGACACCUUUUAGAUCUGUAUAAAAGUGUAUUGUGUUGAAGCAGCACACAGACAAAGUGCUGGGUUUGGAUAUUUAGUUUUAUCUUUAGUUAACACCAACAAGGUGUUGUAUUCAUUUAUACCAUCUAAUAUAUGACACACUGUUGUAGUAUGUAUAAUUUUGUGAUCUUUAUUUCCCUUUGUAUUCUUCAUUUAAGCAUCUAAAUAAAUUGCUGUAUUGUGCUUAAUGUAAA